AUGGCAACAGAUAGUAUACGGCCCCUCCUUCCCGGGGUAUACGUGCCGCUGCCGACAUUUUUCGAUGAAAACCAAGAAAUCGACUAUGACAGUUACAAAAAACAUCUGCUAGGUAAGAAAAUUUUUUCAUCAAGAACUAGAUCAAGGGCAAACACUUAUCUCGCACCUAUCACAGCUAUGGCCACUCGUGGCAUGGGUAAGUCAAUGAGCCCGUAUUGUGAAGGCAUACCCUCUAAUAGAGCACCCAUCCAGUACCAGUAUGACUUCGAGGAGCGUGUUGCUAUUAUCCGCUUCAUCAGAUCGACAUUGGAUGAGGCAGGGCUGCAAUCUACACCAAUACUGGCUGGUGUAGGGGGACUCAGUACCAGAGAAACUAUAAGUCUAUCAAAAGCUGCCGCAGAGGCUGGAGCAGAUGCAGGAAUGGUGAUUCUACCUGCUUAUUACGCUGCAAGUCUAAACGCCGAUGUGGAACAAGUUAUUCAAUAUUAUGUUGAAAUUUGUCAAGCAUCACCGAUCCCUCUGUUAUUGUACAACUUCCCCUCGAACGCUGGCGGCCAGGAUAUGUCGUCAGAUGUUAUCAGUGCAGCAGUGAAGAGAACAACCAAUUUGUGUGGGGUGAAGUUAACGUGUGGUGGAAGCAUCGGGAAACUGAUCAGGCUGGACGCCCUGCUCUCAGGAGACUCCACAAUAAAUGAGACCCGGGGAUUUCCAUUCCUGUUACUUGACGGCCUUAUUGCUGACCUCACUCCAUGGAUGCAAUGUGGUGGUCAUGGCACCGUUAGUGGUAUCUCUAACUUUACUCCAUUAGCUUCCAUGCGGCUGUGGUCUCUGUUGAAUUUGCAGUCGCCAACUGUGGCCGAGCGGAAAGAAGCGAAAAGAAUUCAAGCGAUUCUUGGUAGGGCUGAUGCUGCUGCGGUUCCUGGUGGUAUUCGGGCAAUGAAGUACGCUUUGAACAAGCUGCACGGGUAUGGGGUUGCUCCACGAAGGCCAUUACUUCCGCUGAAGGCAGGCGAAGGAGAAUCCUUUAUGACCGCUUUAGAUGAAGCAAUGCGGCUUGAGUGUGAAUUAGCAGGUAUAUAG